AUGUCGAGAAUCAGGAGAGGAUGUUUUGUGGUAGAUGAUCUAACAGCAGAUAAAGUAUAUGCUGUUUCUAUGAAUAUAUCAGUAUGUCUAGAAUCAGGAGGGGCGUGUGAAGUGUUUACCAAUGUAUUCCAGGAUCACAGGUUACCAAAAGCUGAAUGUGAUUAUAAUUCACAGUUUGUCAUUCCUGAGUUUAGUCUGAGUGAAUACUUAGACGAGAAGAGCAUACCUAACAGCACAGUACCCCUAGAUGUUAACACUAUUGCCCAAUUACUGCAUGAUACAGCUCUCGCCCAAUACAUGAUGGACAACGUUUGUGAUCAGACUGUUAUACCAUAUUAUCCAAAUGAUAAAGGAUGGAACAGAGCUUGUGAAGAAUAUGUCGAAUUACCAGUGCUGCAAUCUGGUACCAUCUGUCAUUUGUACAGUUCUUGUACUGGUGUCACCUGUUGUAGCAGCUUCCCAAGGAUCAAUAGGAAUGUUAACACACAGUUGAGACUGGAUCCCUGUAAACGUCAAAUGACCAUUGGUAUAGAGAAGUUGGAAAUUACCAUCAGCUUGUUUGGAUAUACAUAUGGGGAAGUUGUAAAAGUAAAAUUACAUGGAGUGAUUGGUCUUGAAUUCAAGAUUGAAAACCUUGAGGUAGAAAGAUUGUUUAUGGUGAACCUAGAGAUAACUAUAUGUAUGGAAACAAAUGGAACAUGUGAAACAACUAUCCCUGUCUUGAUAAAUACAGCCCUACCAAAGGCACCAUGUGAAUGGAAGAAUGAUUAUGUUCAAGCAGGUAAAUAA